AUGACCGCGACCGACGGAGACGUGGUGACGACGAGCACGAGAGCAGCUCACGACGCCGCGAUGACCACCGAAGCUCGCGCCGGGACAGUUCGCGAAGAAGAUCCUCUCGCAGCCCAUCCGGUCGAAGCAGCCACCACAGAGAUUCCGACCGCCGUCGUCGAGAGCGUCGAGACCGCGACCGGAGUCCAGACGACGACCGAAGAAGACGCCGGCAUCGCUCCCCCGACGAACGGCGAUCUCAUCGACGCCACCGGGACCGAGAUGCAGACGACGACAGGGAAAAAGGAAGGGAAAGGCCUUCCCGAAGACAUCGAAAACGACGCAUACAAAUCGGAGGUGUCGCAAGGAGGGGAACCCCCAGUUCCACCGGUUGAGAAAGAGAAGCCGAACUUUGGCAACACGGGCCGCUUGGCGGCGGAGAGCAACACCGUCGCGGUCAAUGGAGAGUCGGUCGUUCUCAAGUAUCACGAGCCUCCGGAGGCGCGCAAGCCACCGGGCAAAGAGCCCUGGCGGCUCUACGUGUUCAAGGGCGAGGACUUGCUGGAAGUGGUCGAGCUGAACGAACGCAGCUGCUGGCUCAUCGGACGGGAGCGGCUGGUGGUGGAUUUCCCGCUGGAUCACCCGAGCUGCUCGAAGCAGCAUGCCGCCUUGCAGUUUCGGUUUGUCGACAAGCGCAACGAAUUCGGCGAUCGCAUCGGAAAGGUCAAGCCUUAUCUCAUCGACCUGGAGAGUGCCAAUGGGUCGAGUGUGAAUGGAGAACCCGUUCCAGGUGGGAGGUAUGUCGAAGUGAGAGACAAGGACGUGCUCAAGUUCGGUCUGAGCAGUCGAGAAUACGUCCUCAUGCUUCCUCCGCCGGAAUAA